AGGCAUUUCACACAAGUUGCACAACUAAAACGUGCUGUAGACUCUGGGUUGAAGAGAUUGAGGACAACACAAAGUUUAGCACACUACAAAGAGAAGAAGCAACAGAAUGUUGGAUUAGAAAAGAAUGAAUGAAAACGAGAGACUAUGGAGAGACAAACAGCAGAGAUUGAAGAGAGGGGUAUCCAGCAGACUGAUAUUUCACAACUGCAGGCCAGGCUUCUGAAACUGAGUACAGAUGAAUAUGUACACCAUCUAAAAAGACAUAAUGUACAAUCACAUGCACACGAAGACACAGCCAGCAAAAGUGUUUUUUACUAUUCUCUGGAGUUGGACUGUGAACACACAAAUGAAGACGGCAAUUAUUCGGAUUGCUCUGUAAGACCAGAUGGUGAUGAGGAACGACUAACUAGUUCUGAAACCGAACAAGUCAAUAAAGCUGUUGAAGGGUUCAGAGGCUCUACAGAUGUGGUUCGCAAAUGGGAGAGAAGGACGUUUCUCCCAAACCCUUUGUCUCAAGGAACACAGGGGGAUGAACCGAAAAGAAGUCAGUGGCCAAAAGAAGGUAACCCUUUGAUUGACAAUAAAGAGCUUGGUAUGGAUGAGGACAUGGCUGGAGCGGCAGUAUUUCUUGCACCUUGUCAACAAUCAUGCAAGUUCCCAUCUCAACUCUCAAUGUCCUCUAAAAGAGAUGACUUGUCACAGACGGAGGCUAAGGAUGCACUACCAGAAGAGGCUUGUGUUUGUCCCCCAAAACGGGUCUGUGGUAGAGGCAAUGGUGUAACUCAUCAAACUCCUGUGAACAUUACAAGCAAGACAACGAGGUCUGCUUCUGAACCAGUUGCCCACAAGCCCAAGGAAGAAAGACCAAUUUCAGCUCCAUGUAUUUCACACCAACAGGAAAAUGAAGAUAGUGGAGACUUGUCAAUGAACAACUCCAGGAAAUUAGGCAAAGCAAAACAUAUUUUGGUUUGUGAGGAUUUGUGCAUGGAAGGGAGCACUGGGGUGAUGGCACAUGAAAACUCAGUCUCUAAAAUGCAAAAGAAGGGAAAGAAAAUAAAGAAUCUUACCCAAAAACUGAUGGGAAGACUAAAGGAAAAACAGAAUGAGCACACUGGCAGCAAGAGGAGCAGCGACAGUGGGGAGGAAGAGGAACAAACUUUAAGUUCCAUGAGUCCACCACCACUACCCCCGAAAAAGCAGAAGUAUGUUUGCUUGGAAAGAACAUUCACAUUAAAAGACUUCAAACUCAACCUUGAACCAAUCAACUUAAUGGAUGAAAUAUUCCAGGGAGAAGAGUGGCUGAAAUACCUACCCAGCAAAACCACUCCACCUCAGACAGACAUUGGCAAUCAAUUGACUGCAGAUAAUGUUCUCCAUCCAGAAAAAGAUAUUCAACUUCACAAUACUCAGUUUACACCAGAGAAGGACCAAUCAAAGGACAGAAAGUACAACCAGUUGGACACAGAUCAAGACAAUCUUAAUAAAACUCAACUGGACUAUGCAACAAAAGUGAACAGACACUUGCAUGUAAGACAAGUGAAGCCAAAUUCAAACAUUUUUGCUAUUCCUAAAGCACUGCUAACAAAUGAUGUGAUAAAACAAAGGACAUCUGGGUUAGACUGUGAGUCAAACGCUUCUAAUGUCAUUAAUAACGGGGAGGGAGUGUUCAUGAUUUCUAAACAUGACUUUCAAUUAUUGGAAAGAAAGCUAGAGGACGUUUCUCUCGACUUUUCAACAGUCAAGUCAUUAGGAUUGUUGGACAACUCUACCCUCAAGAGUCGAAUCCAUUUAAGUCAAAAGAGACAACACCGACCACCCAAAAGGAACAAAAAAGGAAAGACAGAAAAGAUAAAUGCCACAUUCUACAAGAUCCCCCCUAUCCUGAAUGAAUCCUCUGUCGGGGCUUUCUCACCACUCCCUUUUUCCACAUCUCCUCCGCUGCAUUCACCAGCAGCUCAAACUUUACCAAUGACCCCAUGAAUGCUCCAUUAUCUGAAGUGUGCAUGUCAGCAAAGUCACAAACAGUGGGAGACAUGUACAGGAUUGCAGAUCUAUUUAGCAGUAAAAUGUCACAUAGUUUAUUGUCAGACCACUAUCAUUCACUGUUAUAACUAAAUGUGUGGUAUUUUUUUAUUUAUUAAUUGUAUAUUAUAUAUAAUCAAAUGAUUUCAACAGGAGUAGCUUACUACAAGUAUUUUUUAUAUAUACAACUUUAAUAUAUAGCCUAUUGCAUUAUAUUUCAUUUUCCACUUUGUAGAUUGUAUGCGUUAUUUCCAGAUGAAGUUAAUAUCUAUAAAUGAGGAACCCUUAAUUUGAUUGUUUUAGUGAUAGAUUUGAUAGAUUUAUUGCCAAUAAAAAGGGUUUCCAACUGAAAUUAUAGACUCUAGUGAGAUUAGAUUACAGUUUUGGUUUUAGAAAAAGGGAUACUUUACAGAAAAUGGUUAUUAUGCCUCCUAAAUUUUUAUUCACAUUAAGAAUUAUUUUUAUAAUAAAAGAUAGAUAUAUGAUUAUGCUGACUAAGCAAUAUACACUACAUAGG